GCCCUCCCCGGCCGCCGCCAUGGCUGCGUGCUGCGGGGCUGUGCGCGGCUUCCUCUUCGAGUACGACACCCCCCGCAUCGUGCUGAUCCGCAGCCGCAAAGUCGGGCUGAUCAACCGCGCCGUGCAGCUCGCCAUCCUCGCCUACGUGAUCGGCUGGGUCUUUCUGUGGGAGAAGGGCUACCAGGAAACAGAUUCCGUGGUCAGUUCUGUAACCACGAAGGUGAAAGGGGUAACGAUGACAAACACAUCCGCCUUGGGAUCCAGGAUCUGGGAUGUAGCUGACUACGUCAUCCCUCCCCAGGAGAAGAACGCUGUGUUUGUCAUGACCAACAUGAUAUUCACACUGAACCAGAGCCAAAGCCACUGCCCAGAGCUUCCAGAUGAUAACACAGAGUGCAACAACAACAGCAGCUGCGUUCCAGGAUAUGUCAGCACCCACAGCAAUGGUAUCCAGACCGGGGCGUGCAUACCGUACAACAGCAGCAUCAAGACCUGUGAAGUCUUUGCAUGGUGCCCUGUGGAGGAUGACUAUCACAUACCCAAUCCGGCAUUCUUGCAAGGAGCUGAGAACUUCACCAUUCUGGUAAAGAACAACAUUUGGUAUCCCAAGUUCAACUUCAGCAAGCGAAACAUCCUCCCCACUUUCAGUUCCUCUUAUCUCAAGAACUGCAUCCACGAUGCCCAGACAGAUCCCUUCUGCCCUAUCUUUCGUCUGGGGAAAAUAGUUGAAGCUGCAGGGCAGAACUUCCAGGAAAUGGCUGUGGAGGGUGGGGUCAUGGGGCUACAGAUCAACUGGGACUGCAACCUCGACAGAGCUGCUUCCCACUGUGUGCCCAAGUAUUCCUUCCGGCGCCUGGACAACAAGGACUCUGCCAACACUAUCUCACCUGGGUACAACUUCAGGUUUGCAAAAUACUACAAGGAUAGUAGUGGCAUUGAAACACGAACGCUUAUCAAAGCUUAUGGCAUCCGCCUUGAUAUCAUAGUGUUUGGAAAGGCAGGAAAAUUUGAUGUAAUUCCUACCAUGAUUAACAUUGGCUCCGGCUUAGCGCUGUUUGGAGUGGCAACAGUGCUGUGUGACAUCGUUGUCCUGUACUGCAUGAAAAAGAGGUACUUCUAUCGGGAGAAGAAGUACAAAUACGUGGAGGAUUACGAACUGGGCACAAGUGAGACAUAAAGAAGACUCCUGACCUCCUGCUGCUGCUGUGAAUGUUACUGUGACCCUGCUGUGAGACCUACCUCUCCUUUGGAAGGAAGGGGGAACAGUACCUAAGAAAGGGACCUUCUUCAUUACUCAUCACCUUUUGCUGGCCAGAACCAAAGAGGAGAACCGGAUCUGCUCCUUGUCUGUUCUUUCCAGGUUAACUGCACCAAGCCCAUACAGAGCCUUGUGGCUUCGUGCCAGACAUCUGCACUAGCAAGCCUGGGACAGGGACUGCCCCGUCCUUGUCAUUUCAGCAGUCCCUUCCCUGAGCUCACUGGUAGCAGCAGUGAAGCCCUUGAAGAGGCACAGACUCUUCCUUAGAGGGAACAUGGCCCAUGACAUGUGUUGCCUACCCCUGGGAGAGCAGUCUCUUGCUGUCAGGGAUCACGACGCUUAGGUGAGACCGCCUGCUAUUUAAUUGCAUCUCCAAGCUCUAGUGGCCACAGCUUGAGACAAAGCAGUGUCUGAUUCCAUUGUGCUAUGGUAAAUAGCUUACUGGCUACAGGAUUUCUUAUCUGUUUUGUCUGGCUAAUACCACUACGCUGGAAUUCUCAUAAAAUGUUUCUCAUAAAAUGUUACUCUCUACCAGCUCUCUUGGAGUCCUGCAAGCCAGGUUUGGGUUGCUUUAUUUCACUCUUGAUUUGCCUGCUGCUGCUUUAAGGACUGAGUUGAGGACAAAGUCAUCUCUCCAGACUGUGCACAGAAAUGGCUCAGUGUGAACUACGUGGGGGCUGAGAUCCACUGUGGUCUGAACCAUGCCCAGCAAACACCACACCGUAGUAACAUGGGAGGGUGCUUUCAGACUCCUCUUCCAACAAGCAGAAAUCUCAUAGCUUUGAUAAAAACCAAUCAAAGAUGAUAACGGUUCCCCUUGAUUAACUAACUGGGGUUUGGUUGCACAUCAUUUAUUUCAGCUUGUACAGAGAAGCUUGAACAGCUGUGUGGAAAAACACUUAGUUGUUUUCUUCUUAGGUAAUAUAAUUUAAAAGUGGUAAAUACACAGUAUUUAAACUUGAUACACCUGAUAAAGUUAAAUGCAUAAUAAAGGGGGUAGGAAUUAAA